AUGGAGGGCUUCGACACCAUGGCCAUGCCGCCCUAUCUUGCUAGCCCGUUAUCCCUCGGCAAUCUUCAGGGUACCGAUUAUCUCAAUGCUAUGCCCGGUCUUGAUUUGCCCGAUCACCGUUCCAACUUUGAUUCCGAGACUUUUGUUAGUGAUGAUCUUGCCUUCACUACUCAAAAUGGCCUACCACACGCAUUGAACCGCUUCCCCUCGGGUUAUGAUGAUACCUUCACCGAUAUGGUCACUCCAUUUGAUCCCGUCCCUCCCGAGCAACCUCAGGAUUCCUCCAUCGAUCACAACAAUAAACUGCUGAGCUUCUCAUUGCCCGCCUACCACUUCACCUUGCUCGACUACUCCAUGCGCCGCACCUCAUUGUCGGUUUCCGCUCAACUUCAUGGAAUGUUCUUCUUGGCCGAAUCUCCAUAUACAACCUCCCCAUCGGAGAACGCCCCACCUCAACAAGGUGCCGAGCUAACAUGUUACCGCCGGAACCUCUUUCAGAUCACUGGCUCCGUAACCCUACCCCGAGGAAUGCGCUAUAUUAUGACCGACCAAGGUGAUCGGAUUCCGAUUCUCGCGCAAGAGCUUACCGUGUCGGCGACGGAAUCAGUGGAAGGAAACCCAGUAAAGAUCAUAUCGGUGCCAUGGAAAACGCCAUCAGCCGCUGCCGCCAACUCCGGGACUGCCCUCGACGAGACGAGCACUGGCACCGCUGCCAAGAUUGAGAAGGAGCCCCCACCAAUUCCGCUCGAUAUCAUGGCUGGUCAGGACUUGGAUACCGACUACGCGACCUUUCCGAUUGCCUGGAAACGCUUGCAAUUCCGCGUCGCGACUGCCAACAAUGGACGGCGCAAGGAGCUACAGCAACACUUCGUCGUUAGGCUCAAGGUUGUAGCAACUCUCUCGACUGGCGCCAAGAUCUCCAUCUCCGAGGUUCAAUCGGGUCCUGUGAUUGUUCGCGGCCGCAGCCCGCGCAACUUCCAGUCCAGAAAGGAUCUCCCACUAAGCGGCAGUGCCGCGGCCUCGCGAAAGAACCAGGCCAACUCGGCCGCUGCGCUCAACCGCACGCCGACCAGCGACUCAGUACCACGCCGCGCCAGCGUGACUCCAGCGAAAGCGAAGGCCCCCUCAACGACCGUGCAAAGUAGCUCCCCCGAGACAACCUCCGUACCACCCCCGACAAUGAUGCAACAACCCACCGACUGGACCCCUAUCCCGCAAUCCAACAACGCCAUGAUGUCCCACGCCCACCAAUCCAUCUUCCCCCACUCCAGUCCAGAGCAACAACUCUCACAAGCGGCCGACUCCCAACGACGCGUCAGCGGCACAACAGCCGGAUCAGCAGCGCCGAUUAAUCUAUCCCUCUUGGACGACGAAGACCGAGGUGACGUUGGGAGCUUGCAGCUAGAUCAAAAGAUGAUGGCAUCUUACGCCAACGUUCCGGAAAUCCCUCAACAAAGAUCUAUAAAUCUCGACCAAUCCGCCGCACCACCUUCAAAGAUGCGCAAGCUUUCCCACGGCAUCUCCCAGCAGUCCCAGACUCCCUCUCGAAGCGCCUCCUCAUCCAUACCCCUAAUCGAGACGGCCAAUCUCCCGCAACAAUUCGUGUCUUCACUACCAUUCCCGAAUGAGAGUACCGAUUUUCUGUACGAAUACUUCCCUCUCGGACUGGAUGACUGGCAAGCCCCCGUGGACGCCGUUUACAGGCCCCAUGUCGUUCAUCAUACCAAUAUCCCUGAGAUGAAGUUCGUCGCUUCCCGGGGUCGCAGUAAGAGGUAUUUUGCUGCUGAGGACGUGUUUUGA